GUGGGAGCGGGCGGGAAGCGGCGCUGGGAGCGGGCCGGGCCGGCCGGGAUCCGCCAUGUGAGAGCCCCAGACAGCCCCAGCAUGUAACAUAAUAGAAAAAAAAAUCCACUAGUAUAUUGUGAUACAUUGGAUAUGCUUCCUGCAUCUGAAGUCAAUGGAUGAUGUUGAGAUCUGUUUGUUCAAUUGGAAAAGCAGAUUGCUCUUUACAUCUGUAGAAAUGGACAGCAGCAGUUUCAUUCAGUUUGAUGUGCCGGAGUACAGCAACACUGUUCUGAGCCAGUUAAACGAACUCCGCUUGCAAGGGAAACUCUGUGACAUAAUCGUGCACAUCCAGGGUCAGCCGUUCCGAGCCCAUAAAGCUGUCUUAGCUGCCAGUUCUCCAUAUUUCCGCGACCAUUCAGCAUUAAGCACCAUGAGUGGCCUAUCCAUAUCAGUUAUUAAAAACCCCAAUGUUUUUGAACAGUUGCUUUCUUUUUGUUACACUGGAAGGAUGUCCUUGCAACUGAAGGACGUUGUCAGUUUUCUGACUGCAGCUAGCUUCCUACAGAUGCAGUGUGUCAUUGACAAGUGCACACAGAUACUGGAGAGUAUUCAUUCAAAGAUCAGUGUUGGUGAUGUUGAUUCUGUUACUGUUGGUGCCGAAGAAAAUUCAGAGAAUCGUAAUGGCGUUAAAGACAGCAGCUACUUUGCCAACCCUAUUGAGAUAUCUCCUCCCUAUUGCUCUCAGGUGCGACAGUCAACAGCAGGCAGUGACCUUCGGAUGGAAACUACUCCAGGCAAAACUCUUCGUAGUCGUCUGCAAGAAGAAGGGCAUUCAGACCGAGGCAGCAGCGGGAGUAUCUCUGAAUAUGAGAUUCAGAUUGAAGGUGAUCAUGACCAAGGAGACCUGAUAGUAAGGGAAAGUCAGAUUGCAGAGGUGAAAGUUAAAAUGGAAAAGUCUGACAGACCAAGCUGCUCUGAUAGCUCUUCCCUUGGUGAUGAUGGAUAUCACACUGAAAUGGUGGAUGGAGAGCAGGUGGUCGCAGUAAACGUUGGUUCCUAUGGGUCUGUCUUACAACAUGUUUAUUCAUUUACUCAUGCCUCAUCACAGGUGACAGGUGUGUCAGAAACCUUUGGAAGCAUGAGCAAUACAAGUCCUUCAAGGUCAAUGCUGAGCUGUUUCAGAGGGGGUCGUGCACGCCAAAAACGAGUACCUACAGGUCACUUGCAUAGUGAUGUCCAGGGCUUGGUGCAAGGGGCUGACAGUGAAUCCAUGGUGAGUAAUCCAGGAUAUGAAAAUAGUCCACGGGAAAGAAAUGCAAGAGGUCAUUGGUAUCCAUACAAUGAGAGGCUAAUUUGUAUUUACUGUGGCAAGUCUUUCAACCAGAAAGGGAGCCUUGAUCGACACAUGCGAUUGCACAUGGGAAUAACUCCUUUUGUGUGCAAGUUUUGUGGAAAGAAAUAUACCCGUAAGGACCAACUUGAGUACCAUAUUCGUGGUCACACAGAUGACAAACCCUUUCGCUGUGAGAUUUGUGGAAAAUGUUUUCCUUUCCAGGGUACACUAAACCAGCACUUGCGAAAAAAUCACCCGGGGGUUACAGAAGUGAGAAACAGGGUUGAGUCUCCAGACAGAACAGAAGUGUUUGGGGAACAGAAAGUAGAUAACGAUGCUUCAGCUUCUGAAGCCAUGGAUUCUAGUAUGGAAAUUCAUGCAAUGUCUAACACAUCUGAUUAAAAUCUUACAUCUAAGUGAAACAGACAAGCACAUUACUAAUGUAUUUUUAAAGUAUUUUAUUCUUUUAGUAAUCUUCAGUACAAGUGUAACAGCCUUUUCAUUUUCCUGACCUUCUGGAAAUCAGUUAGAAAUGGUUUUUGGAGAAGACUUCAGAAGUAUUCUUUGUUUUUGAAGGAGGCUGAAUUGUUUGGGGUUUGGCUUUUUUGUAUUUGAAGACACUCAGAAUAUAAAGACAGUGUACUGGGGAAAGGCUAGGAAGAGUCUGGUGAAGUAUCUCUGCUGAUUGAUCUGGUGAGAUGCAAAUGCCAGUGGAGAAAGAUAUUAGAACAAGAUUGGCAGCUCUGCUGAAUGUUCAAAGAAGCUGUAAUUUCCUUUAUUUCUUAAAUCCUGUUGCUGGUAAUGAGUUACACAGCAGUUGGGAGAGAGAAUAUUACAGCUUUGAUUCCUCUCCUGUUACAAUGAAAUCUGUUCACUCUUACUAACUGGCUUUGUUAGUGAGACUGUUUAUAUAUAUAAAUUUGCUUUAUAUAUAUAAAAUGCUUUCACUUUCCCUUUUCUGUGUCAAAGCUAAUACCAUAUGCCACUUUGUCAACUGUUAGGACUUCUCUCUGCUUAGGGUUUAGAACUUCAGACUUUGGAAGGAUGGUUUUGGUUUCAAACAAAUGUUGUUUGGUUUUCAUUUUAUUAAACUAUUUACUUUGUGUGCAAAAGUGAGCAAAGUGAAUUAACUUUGUUUUAAUAGCUUUGCUUUAUAACAUAUGUAAACCAAAUGCCAUAAAUCUAUUAACUAUGGUUAAAUUGUUGAAAGGUUUUGUUAGUUGUCUAGAAUGCAAGCUGGACAACCUGUGGUGCUGACCUUUUUAUAUAUAUAGAGAUAGAUAUAUCUAUAUAUAUAUAUAUAGAUAUACACACAUAUAUAUAUAUCUAUAUAUUAAAAAAAAUAUUAGCAAACCUAAAAGUAGCAUUGUGGUCUAAAAUGUGUUUUUACUGGCCUCAGAAUCUACCUUCAUUUUGUACUGUAGAACCGUACCAGGUAAUUAAACUUAACUUCAUCACUCUUCAUGGUUGGUUAAAACAUGAGAGAGAUGUAGUUUAAAUCACAGUAUUUCCGAGCAGUAUUUUAAUAGGUCUCUUCACAGAGAGCUGCUUUCAGGUGCACGUUGGCUUCCUACUUAAAUUUCCGAGUGAUAUGCCAGCACUUGGAAUUUGUACUUUUUUGUAUAGAAAAACAAAUACUUUAUGGGAAUUUUGAGCAAUAUGUUAUUUCAUGUGUGAGUAUUACAGAGUUGCUAUGGCUUCUCUGUUUUUACAGUGGUUUUUUCUCUAUAAAGAAGCUACCAACAACUUUAAAAAUACUCUAAAUCUUUUUUGUUUCACCAAAUACGUGUUUUUAAUAUGGUGCUAACUUCAUUAUUUAGGUCAGUAUAAUAUAUAACAUGUGAAACAUAAUGAUCAAGGGAAAAAAAUCCCCAAAAACAGACAAACAAAAGCCCCCCUACACAAACCAACUUCCCCAAGAUCCCAACCAAACAGAAAAAAAAGGAAAAAAAAGGAAAAAAAAAAAAAAAAAGAAAGAAAAAAACCCAAUCCCA